AAAGAAUCGGUAACAUGAGAAUGUUAGAAUCAGUUGAUUUCUCAGUAAACAUAUUGUCUGGUUCAAUUCCAGAAAGCAUGUCGAGCUUGACUUUUUUAAGUUACUUUAACCUGUCCAAUAACCAAUUGGUGGGCAGAAUUCCUUCUAUUCUAAAAUUACAAUGGGUUUUUUUACUACUCUCCUCAUUGGAUUUCUCAGUCUGGCUACUUUAAAUGCUGCCUUUUGCAAUGGAGGCUGCACAGAGAGGGAGAGGCAAGCCCUCUUGAAGUUGAAGCAGGAUAUGGUUGAUCCUGCUGCCCGACUCACCUCUUGGGUUGUUGAUGAUGAAGAUUGCUGCAAAUGGAAGGGGAGUUGGGAGGUCCCUCAUCAUCUUGGGAACCUCUCUAAUCUAAAAUAUCUCGACCUUCAAUGGAAUUUUUUCUUACAUGUUGAGAAUUCUCAUUGGCUAUCAGGUCUUUCUUCCUUACACUACCUUGAUAUGACAAAGGUGAACCUUAAUAGGGUGAAAGAAGAGGCUAAGAGUGAAAGAUCAUUUUACUAUUCCUUGAGCAUUCUGUGUUUCCUUAAUACGCCCCCGCAAGAUGGUAAAGCCAUCAACGAUACCAAUCUUGGAACGCAACAAGGCAAAUCUUGAUGAAGACAGUGGUUUGGUCAACCCAUCAGUAAGUUGAUCGACAGAGGCAAUAUGAGAGACAUGAAGAAUUUUCUUAUCAACGAGAUCACGAAUGAAAUGAAGAUCAAUUGCUAUG